AUUGGACAAAGUCAAGCUUCGACCAAGCACCAGCUAGACACAACCCACAUCGGAGAGAAAAAUAUUGCUCCCGAGGUUCGUCGCUGUGGUACACGACUCGUUCUCUUGUGCAAGACGAAUCCCUUCGACUGGAGCUCGGUCGUCAACGACAGCACAGCAUGGAGGCCCAGGAACUGGACGACGGUCUCGCUCUCUCCGAAGACUUGGUGAAGUCCCCUACACACAAAGCAGCGACGACCAAUUCCCUGAACUUCGAUGGCCUGUUGGACCCGCCAUUGUUGCUACAUGAGGACUUACGCGAAGGCAAUGGUGGUCAGGCCUGGCCAGCGGGCAUGAUAUUGGCCAAAUACAUGCUCCGCCGGAAACAGAAUGAACUGAACGAAGCGUCAGUGUGGAGUUGGGAGCGGGAGGUGGACUGUGUGGGUAGGCGAGCACGCGAGCAAUUCCUAUGUGCCGCCCAUACUGAACAAUGGCAUUUUUCCCACAGGCUCGCGCUGGCGAUUGGAUGUAGGCCAGAUAGCGUGGUCCACAUCACGGAUCAGACGGCGAUGCAGGCGCUCAUGCAGCAGAAUAUUCGCCUGAACGCAUUGGAGGGUCGCGUGGUUGCAUCGGUCUACGAUUGGGGUAAAGCUCGGCCGGAAACCGUCCCGCAAUUCCCUUCGAUCAUCCUCGCCGCCGACUGUGUGUACUGGGAGCCCGCCUUCCCAUGGCUGCAACAGACGCUGCAGGACCUCAUCGGGCCCGAGACGACGUGUUAUUUCUGCUUCAAACGCAGGAGACGUGCCGACAUGAAUUUCAUGAAGGCGGUCAAGAAGGUCUUGCUGGUCGAGGACAUCACCGACGACCCGGAUCACGAGGCAUACGCGCGCGAGAACAUCUUCCUGUGCACAAUUCGGCAGAAGAAGAAAUGACAAAGCAAAGCUGGCCGCUGUCUGAUUCGCGGGCCGUAUUUCGCGCUGUUGCUUUCGUGGCGCGCGGCCGACUCUGACGAGAGCUCUCGGAGAUGAUACAUAUUCUACUCGAGCCGUGUUUCCAAUGCAAUGGGCGGCGCGUACACCUGUUACAACAGCUCGAGGUGG